AUGCCUUCUGUUAGAAACAUAAAUUAUGCAACCCCAUUAAACGUCGGUGGUAUUCAUUUUGAAAGUCGUGUUAUAAUGGCAUCAUUAGCACUUGAUAGAAAUGUUGCACUAGAUCCACUACAAGCCGAAUAUUAUACUCAGCAUGCUAAUGUUCGUUUCAUUAUAACGGAAGUUACACUUAUUGAAGAAUUAGGUACUGAACACCCAAAGUAUAAAUAUGCCGAUAUAUGGGAUGUGAUAUUGAUGACUAUAGGUACACUGGCUUCCCUUAGCACUGGAGCAAGUUUUGCGCUAAUGUUUACUCUUUAUAAAAUUAUUUUGAACAAUUUUCUCAAUUUCGAAAAAGCACGAAUACUUAAUACCUCAGCAAUAGCCUUCAAUUCCACAUCAGAAUGCUUCCUAAUUGAAACAUCUGGAAAUCUAUUGAAUACAGUAAAAUCCAUUAUCAUAUAUUACCUCAUUAUUGGAUUUGUUACUGUUUUUCUUUUUUGGCUGGGUUUUUCCUGCUGGAUGAUCGCUGGAGAAAGACAAAUUCGCCGCAUCAGAUAUUAUUUAUUUCGCAGCAUUUUGCGUCAAGAAAUUGGAUGGUUUGAUACAAUAAAUAUUGGCGAUCUAAAUCAACGAUUAAUCAGUGAUAUAGAUAGAAUUUCUAAUGGAAUACGCCAAAAAGUUCCCAAUUUUAUAUCGUUAAUAGCUAGAGUUAUUGGAAAUUUUACUUUUGCUUUAUUCAACGGAUGGAAACUAGCAUUGGUAUUUAUGAGUAUAGUGCCAUUUGUUGUGCUCACAUUAAAUCUCACUGAGAAGGUUAUAAUCAAGUAUACAAGAGCAGAAAAUCAGUGGUAUGCAUCCGUAUCAUCUAUAGCGCAAGAAGCUUUUCAAAGCAUUCGAACGGUUACAUCGUUUCAUGGACAAAGAAAAGAGGAAGAAAAGUAA